AUGCGAAAAGGAGCCAUGACCUGGUAUAAAAGUUUGCCCGACGAGUCCAUCACAUCAUGGAGGGUGCUCGAAAAACUUUUUUCCAGACAUUUCACGGCUUCCCGAAGACACCCCAAGUCAGAAGCCUCCUUGGAGGCCAUUAUCCAAGGAAAGGACGAGUCUCUACGGGCGUACAUAGAAAGAUUCAAUAAGGAAGCCGUACAGGUAUCCACCACUGCCCGUAUGAAGAAAUUCUUGCUCGAGCGCGGCCUCCGACCACGCUCGGACUUCCCUAAAGCCGUCGGAAUUGAAACACUGGCCACUCUGGACGAAUUCUUCCUCAAAGCCCAAGCCUACAUUCAGUAUGAGGAGAAAGAAGCCGCCCACGCCGUUCGCAAUUCCAGGCACGAAGAGAGCAGUAAAAAUGCACGCCAAGAUGAGUCUCGCCGGGGAAUUGACAAAAAGAAAGAUGAUAAAACUCGGGACCUUAAGGAUUACAAAACCCCUGCGGGGAAAUUCUGA